GGUCCUCCGAUCUCCACCCCACUCCUUUUCAUCAUCAUCUAUCAUAUCUCAUAUAUAUUCUCAUCAUCUAUAAUUGAAAACACGCAUAGUAGAGAUUAAAAUAAUGUCGUCUCAAAUCACAGAGGAGAUAAGAAGGAGCGCAACGGAGCUGUACAAAGGCGACGAAAUCUGCCAAGAGAAAUCCAAAUUCCUGCUCAAAGAAGUGGGCUUACCCAACGGCUUACUCCCCAUGAAAGACAUGGAGGAGUGUGGCUACGUUAAGGACACGGGUUUCGUGUGGCUCAAGUCCAAGAAGAAGACGGACCACAAGUUCGAGCAAAUCGGGAGAUCGGUCCAGUAUGGGACUGUGGUCACUGCCUACGUUGAGACGGGUCGGAUCAAGAAUCUCACCGGAGUGAAGGCCAAGGAGCUCAUGCUCUGGCUCACCGUCAACGAGAUAAGCGUCGAUGACCCCCCCACCGGGAAGAUCCACUUCAAGAGCACCACCGGCUUGUCCCGCACCUUCCCCGUCUCCGCCUUCCAAAUCAAGGAAGAAGGAAAAGAAGAAGAAGAAGACCAGACCAAGGACAAACAGGUGGUGGCCACACUGGCCACCAAUGCACCCUUGCCUGUCAAGGAACUUUAAUUAAGGCCGCGUCCAUAGGGUCGAGGGUUCAACCUUUUGGGGAAAAAAGAAUUCUAAUUAACCUUAUCAUCAUGGAUUAUAUUGUAUUCAAUAUAUAUAUAUAUAUAUAUAUAUAUAUAUAUAUAUAUAUUAAGUAUGUCCUAGCUAGGGUAGCUUCAUAUUUAAGUUGCGAUAAGUAUGACAUUCUACAACUUAUAUUAGACCGGAGUCCGGUCGUACGUACGUACUAAGCAUUAUGCCUUCUGAUCAAUUCUUAUAUAUGAAUGAAGUAGCUGCUAUUUUUAUCU